AUGUCGAUGCAAAUUGUCCGUGAAAAUUCGUCAAACUCUACUAUAUUACAGCCAUUUGCCAAUCCGUUAUGGGCUCCUACUCCUGUGCACAGCAGUAAAAAUAGUAAGCGACGUACACUCAAAAUGUGUAUCGCUUUACCCGACAAUGGUUACGAUGUGACCCAAGUCUGCGAUUCUUGGCAAUAUUUUUUGAAACAAGGUUUCAUGGUCCAUUUCGCAACUUUGACAGGGUACGUCGCUCAAGCUGAUCAAACACAGUUAGGCGGUUUGAAGUCUUGGUUUGUGGGUGCUACUGCAGAAACUUGCACACUUUAUGGUAGAAUGUCCACCACUUCAGAAUAUUUGAAACCUUUAAGCUUGUCUUCUGAUUCUUUUACAUUCAACGCUUAUGAUUUAGUUCUUAUUCCAGGUGGCCAGGAUGCUGCAGUUUUAGAUUUUGUUCACUCUCCCCGCUUGUCCGCCUUGCUUGCCGAUUAUAUUCCUUUAUGCUCUCGUGCUAGCGGUAACCAUGCUUUAGGAGCCAUCGCCCAAGGCGCUAUUGCCAUCCACCGUGCUGUUCCAAAUCUCCAAAUUAAAUCGACAACAACACCUCUUUAUAUGGAAAGAACAUCUUAUUUGUUUGGUACUUCUAAUCCACUUGCUUAUGCCUCUACACUUAUCCCAGAAGACAAAUACGAAGUUGGUCCAACGGCUUCUCAUUGGGUUUAUUCCGAUGAAAAGUACUUUUACGCUUCUGGUCGUCAUUCAGGCGAUGUUGAAUUGCUUUGCAAAGCCCUUCGCAACCUUGUCGCUAGUGCGCUUCAUUGA